UGUGUGUGUGUGUUUCUUUUCGGUGGUGGUGGUGGAGGGGGGGUGCUGGCAGGGCCAGCCCCGAACUCGCUGGACAGAGCUACAGACUCAUGGGGCCUGGCAGUGCCCGCUGAGAGAGGGAGAAGACAGCAGAGGGGUUGCCAAGGCACCCUCCUAACCCCAGAUCAUGUCUCUGUGGGGUCUGGUCCUCAAGAUGCCCCCAGAAAAGCUGCAGCGGCUCUAUGUCGACUUUCCCCAACACCUGCGGCAUCUUCUGGGUGACUGGCUGGAGAACCAGCCCUGGGAGUUCCUGGUUGGCUCAGAUGCCUUCUGCUGCAACAUGGCCAGCGCCCUACUUUCCACCACUGUCCAGCGCCUUCAGACCUCAGCCGGAGAGCAGGGGGAGGGAAGCGCCAUCUUGCAACACAUCAGCACCCUGGAGAGCAUAUAUCAGAGGGACCCCCUGAAGCUGGUGGCCUCUUUCAAACAAAUACUGCAAGGAGAGAAAAAUGCUGUUAGGGAACAGUUCGGCCAUCUGCCAGCACCCUUCCACUGGAAGCAGGAGGAACUCAAGUUUAACACAGUCCUGCAGAGGCUGCAGCACCGACUGGGGGAAGCCCGCCUACUCCGAGAAGCCGUGCAGCAGGAGGCUGAGGCUGGCCAAGUGUCUCUGCACAGCUUGAUAGAAACUCCUGCCAAUGGGACUGGGCCAAGUGAGGCUCUGGCCACGGUGCUGCAGGAGACUGUCGGGGAGCUGGAGGCUGCCAAGGCCCUGGUGCUGAAGAGGAUUCAGAUGUGGAAGCGGCAGCAGCAGCUGGCAGGGAAUGGUGCCCCCUUUGAGGAGAGCCUGGCCCCACUACAGGAGAGGUGUGAGAGCCUGGUGGACAUUUAUUCCCAGCUGCAGCAGGAGGUGGGGGCAGCUAGUGGGGAGCUUGAGCCCAAGACCCGGGCAGCGCUGAUUAGCCGGCUAGAUGAAGUCCUGCGAACCCUCGUCACCAGCUCUUUCCUGGUGGAGAAGCAGCCCCCGCAGGUUCUGAAGACUCAGACCAAGUUCCAGGCUGGGGUUCGAUUCCUGCUAGGCCUACGGUUCCUGGGGGCCCCGGCCAAGCCUCCGCUGGUCAGGGCUGACAUGGUGACCGAGAAGCAGGCGAGGGAGCUGAGCAUGCCCCAGGGGCCUGGGGCUGGCGCAGAAAGCAGUGGGGAAAUCAUCAACAACACCGUGCCCCUGGAGAACAGCAUUCCUGGGAACUGCUGCUCUGCCCUUUUCAAGAACCUGCUUCUGAAGAAAAUCAAGCGGUGUGAGCGGAAGGGCACUGAAUCUGUCACCGAGGAGAAGUGUGCGGUGCUCUUCUCCACUAGCUUCACGCUCGGCCCCAACAAACUCCCCAUCCAGCUCCAGGCUCUGUCUCUGCCCUUGGUGGUCAUCGUCCAUGGCAACCAAGACAACAAUGCCAAAGCUACCAUCCUGUGGGACAAUGCCUUCUCUGAAAUGGACCGUGUGCCCUUUGUGGUGGCUGAGCGUGUGCCCUGGGAGAAGAUGUGUGAAACUCUGAACCUCAAGUUCAUGGCUGAGGUGGGGACCAACCGGGGGCUGCUCCCAGAGCACUUCUUCUUCCUGGCCCAGAAGAUCUUCAACGACAACAGCCUCAGCAUGGAUGCCUUCCAGCACCGUUCUGUGUCCUGGUCACAGUUCAACAAGGAGAUCCUGCUGGGUCGUGGCUUCACCUUUUGGCAGUGGUUCGACGGUGUCCUGGACCUCACCAAACGCUGUCUCCGGAGCUACUGGUCAGAUCGGCUGAUCAUUGGCUUCAUCAGCAAACAAUACGUCAAUAGCCUUCUUCUCAACCAGUCUGAUGGAACAUUCCUCCUUCGCUUCAGCGACUCAGAGAUUGGGGGCAUCACCAUUGCCCACGUCAUCCGGGGCCAGGAUGGAUCCCCACAGAUAGAGAACAUCCAGCCCUUCUCUGCCAAAGACCUGUCCAUUCGCUCACUGGGGGACCGAAUCCGGGACCUUGAUCAGCUCAAAAAUCUCUACCCUAAGAAACCCAAGGACGAGGCUUUCCGGAGUCACUACAAGCCUGAACAGAUGGGUAAGGAUGGCAGGGGUUAUGUCCCAGCUACCAUCAAGAUGACUGUGGAAAGGGACCAGCCACUUCCCACCCCAGAGCCCCAAAUGCCUACCAUGAUGCCCACUUACGAUCUUGGAAUGGCUCCUGACUCCUCCAUGAACAUGCAGCUUGGCCCUGAUGUGGUGCCCCAAGUGUACUCACCACUCUCCCAGUCCAUGUCCUCGUACCAAGCCCUCCCCCGGGAAGAAUCGGUCAGUGUGUUGCCAGCCUUCCCGGAAUCGCACUUGCAGAUGCCCCCCAACCUGAGCCAGAUGAGCCUGCCCUUUGACCAACCUCACCCCCAGGGCCUGCUGCCAUGCCAGCCUCAGGAGCAUGCCGUGUCCAGCCCUGAGCCCCUUCUCUGCUCAGAUGUGGCCAUGGCGGAAGAUAGCUGCCUGAGCCAGUCAGUGGGAGGGUUCCCUCAGGGCACCUGGGUCAGUGAAGACAUGUUCCCGCCCCUGCUGCCGCCCACUGAACAGGACCUCACCAAGCUUCUCCUGGAGGGGCAAGGGGAGUCAGGGGGAGGGCCCUUGGGAGCCCAGGCCCUCCUGCAGCCGUCCCCCUAUGGGCAGUCUGGGAUCUCAAUGUCCCACCUGGACCUAAGGGCCAACCCCAGUUGGUGAUCCCAGCUGGAGAGGGAGACCAGAGAGACAGCUCCUCUACCCCCACGGACCUCUCUGGACACCUGCCCAUGCUCCUGCCAAGCAGCAGAUGGGGUGCGUGUCCUCCUAUCCCCACCUACUCCCUGGUCAGGAGAAAGACUGCCAGGAGAAGGCACAGGGGGUGCAGCCUAUCCACUCCUUCUCUCCUACCACACACCCCUUCAGGUUCCAAAGUGAGACACGGCUCAACAUGCCUGCACACGCAGAAUGCACACACACUGCUCUCCCUGGGAGGUGGGGCUGAGCAGGAAGGGAGCUGGGCAAGCGCAGGUUAGGGCAUGAAGGGCUUCUCCACCCAUCCUGAGCCAGGGUCCAGGACACACGUGUAGACGCGUGCACACACUUGCACUGGAGGCUGGGGAUGGAGGAAUGGGCUUGGGUCCCAGCCUGGGGGGAUGAGGAAGCAGUUCAGGAGACCCCGGGUGGGAAGAGAGGAAUAGUCUGUACAUUUGGUUACUGAUGUGGGUUUUGCUCAGAUUAAAAAACAAAUCAUAAACA